AUGACCUCUAAGAAAAUAUUUAACAGGAUAGAAGAUGGAAAAUAUUCGGAUUUUGACGAUUUGGAAAAGGAUUUUACUCAAAUGUGUAAAAAUGCUCAAAUAUACAACGAAGAACCUUCUCUCAUACACGAAGAUUCAAUCGUCCUUCAAUCCGUGUUUACGAACGCGAGACAAAAAAGUAUUGAUUGGAAAGAAGAAAAAAGAAGAAGGAGGAGGAGGAGGAGGAGGUGGAAAAAGAAGAAACCAAAAGGAAAAGGAAGAAGAAAAUAG